AUGGAUGUGGUGCCAAGCUCUGAUGGGGCCAACAACUUGGCCAACGCCCCGUCUUCCAAUGGCAACGGCGACAGCCCAGCGAUCUCCGAAGCCAAGGAAUCAGGAAGUAUGCAGUCGUUUCUGCAGACGCUGCGAAGGACCUUUGGCAGUCGGUUUCUCUGCUACCUUGUGCUCAACUACAUGUUUCUGAAGGGCAUGGUCUUCACGAUGCUGCAGACUUCCAUGCUGCCGUACUUCCAGAAAAUGGGCGUGAAGGGUGUGGAGUUUCAGCUGGCCUCGGUGGUGGCCAUGAUCCCCUGGUCCAUGAAAGGGUUCAUCGGUGUGCUGAGCGACAUCGUGCCAAUAGGACGCUUCCACAAGCGAGGCUACCUUCUGCUCUCUGCCAUGCUGGGUGGUUUCGGCGUCUGCGUGCUGGGCUUGUGGCGUCCGGGCGAAGGCCACUUGUGGACCGCCGCCGCGCUCUUCGGUUGCGCCUUCACCUUCCUGGCCACCUUCGACUUGCUCUGCGAGGGCAAGUACUCGGAGAUGAUGCGCGAGGAAAAGGCGGGCUCAGAGGUCCUGACCUUCGUGUGGACCAUGUGUCAGUGGGGCUCGCUCCUGGCGGCCGCGGUUCUCUACUUCGUCAUCGACUCCGAGGGCCCUAGGCCGGUGAUCCUGGGUUGCCUUCCAUUCGCCUUCGUGGCAUUUUGGCGAACCUGGAUGGGUGACCUACACGAGGAGCCAGCCAGAUCCUGGAAGUCGCUGAGAGCCAAGGCCUACUCAGAGCCGGAGCUCUUUCUACUGGCGCUGCUCAUGGCCUGCGGCAGCCUGGUGGUUGCCUUGGCCACGGCCUUCUGGGGCCGCCAGGGCCGUCUGCUGGCUGCCGUGAGCGUGUCCGUCCUGCUGGUUGUUUUCUCCUUCCGGACUUUGCCGCGGGUGCUGGCGCGCAGCAACCUGUACAUGUUCAUCAUAUCCAUCUCAUACCUGGACCUCUCCGGACCGCUGUCAUACUGGUACACAGGGACUGAUGGCUGUGUACCUUCGGGCCCGCACUUCAGCUACUCCUACUUCCUGGCAGUCUCCAAUGUCGUGGGGUCUGCAGGCAGCAUGCUGGGCGCGGUGCUCUUUCAGUCUAUGCAGAGCUGGUCCUUCCGCAGCGCCUUCCGCGUCACCACCUUCGUGCAGAUCUCGGCUUCCCUGUUUGACCUUUUCAUCAUCACUCGCAUGAACUUGACCCUGGGCAUCCCAGAUGCAUUCGCCUAUCUCUUUGGGGACGCAGCCUGCCAAAGCAUCGCUGCCCAGAUGAUCAUCAUGCCGCAGGCGCUGCUGACAGCCCGGCUCUGCCCGAGGGGCGCGGAGGCCACGGUCUUUGCGAUCCUCGCCGGGUUCCAGAACUUCGGGAGCAACAUCGGAUCCAUCCUGGGAGCCCAGCUCGCAGAGACGUAUGGCAUCCAGUGCAGCCGCCUGGGACCCUGCAACUUCGAAUCGCUCAUCAACCUCAUCAUCUUGUGUCACAUCCUGGCUCCAAUGGCGUGCCUGUCAUUCCUUUUCCUGGUCCCCACAGCCAAGAUGAACGACGAGAAGGCCUUCGCCACGGACUCGCCGCCGCCUUCCUUUGCGUCGCCGUCGCCAUCCCCGCUCAACUCUCCUCGAGUUUCGGAUCCAGACAGCCCGGAACCCGAGGGCGAUGGCGAGUACUUCCUCCUACAAGACGACGGCAUGGUGGUGCGGCAGCUUUCCGGCUGCCUGCAGACGGCCCCGAGCAAUAGUCGAGGCACCACUCUGCCCCGGAGCGAGCUGAGAAAAAGCCUCACACAGGAGGAGUGGUUUGACUACCGUCCAGGUGGCCGAUGGCUCGUGGAGCAGGCGGACAAAGGUCGGCUGGUGGGGGAGCUUCUGCCGCUGCGGCGUUUGGCCUGGAUCCGGAUGCUAGGUGUUGUCACUGGCGAUAGCCUGGAGAGAUGGCCAGAGGAGCUGGACGUGCACCGGAAGCAGUACAACCAACUCCUCGAGGAUUUCCGGAAGGAGACCGACGUGAAGGCCGUGGAUCCCAAGCUGUGCAACCCUCUGUCCCGCAAUGCGGACAACCCCUACUUGAAGAUUCAGGUGAAUGAGGAAUUGCUGAAGGAGAUCUGGAAGGAUGUAGAGCGCACCUUUCCGGAGUGCGAGUUUCUUUCCUCCGCGGAGAGCAGAAAGGUGCUACAGCGAAUCCUCUUCCAUUGGUGCCGCUCCAAGAACCCCUCCCUCACAGCCUCUGACAGCUACCGGCAGGGCAUGAACGAGCUGGCUGCGGUGCUGUACUCGGUUACGAAGCAGGGUGAGUACAGCAGAGGCUCUGACCCAGAGGCCUUAGGUGCCCGGCUGUGCGGCAGCCAGCACAACGAGGCCGAUGCCUUUGCUUGCUUCGUCCACCUUAUGAACAAGGGGAUCCGGCCCAUGUUCCUGGCUCCGUCCAAUUCGCGGCCGAACCGCUCGCCCAUCGGGGAUCUGCCACGUUCACGGAUGGCAGCUGAUCCAGGCGCGCCAGGGUCGGCGAUUCUGGCGCGCUGCCAGUACAUCUUUGAGCAGGUGGUUCGCGCUGUCGAUUCAGAGCUCUUCGAUCACUUGAAGAGGAUGGACAUCGAGGCGCAGGUCUUCCUGUUGCGAUGGAUUCGGCUUCUCUUUUGCAGAGAGUUCGAACUGAAGGAGAUACCUACAUCCUCUGGGAUGGGCUCCUGGCCAGCGCCGGUCAGCCGCUGCCCUCGCUGCGGUAUACUGGCAAAGAUCCGGUCACUGCAGAGGCGGCGGAGGCCUCCGGCGAGCUUCCACUCCUGGACUUUGCAGCUGCAGCGCUGCUUCUGCGCAUGCGCCGUGAACUCAUCGGAAUGGACCAGACGGAGUGCUUGA